AUAACUGAAUAGCCAGUGUAAUCUGACACUUCAACUUGCCGUGCUCUACGCUAGUUGAGUCAGUCACUCACUCGCACAGUCUGCGGGGAUCGCGCGUCGUCUUUGUGAGGUGGAGAGGAGCGCUGUAAACACGCGGUUUGGAGGAACAAUACGCGGAUUGGCCACUGAGCUCCGAGCGAAAAAUCAUCACUUAAGGAGGGGUCAGCGAGGGACUGCGCACGAGGAAUACAUGAAGGGUGGGGCGGGGGAGCGGCAGUAUCAUUGAGGUCAGAGUUCACACAGACUUGCUCUGUGAUUGAUGAGGAUUAAGAAACGGAUUUUGCCUCAUAGGAAACACAGGAACGUCCUCAUCUGCGCUGAGUAAAUACCUUUUAAUGGCGUCCCGGUAGAGACAUCAGGAUGAACACGUUACCAUCAAUGGACCGGCACAUCCAGCAGACCAAUGACCGUCUGCAGUGCAUCAAACAGCACUUACAGAACCCGGCCAACUUCCACUCAGCAGCCACUGAGCUGCUCGACUGGUGUGGAGAUCCCCGGGCCUUCCAGCGACCUUUUGAGCAAAGUCUCAUGGGAUGUCUUACGGUGGUGAGUCGUGUCGCUGCCCAGCAGGGGUUUGACUUGGACCUGGGCUACAGGUUGCUCGCUGUGUGUGCUGCCAACAGGGACAAAUUCACCCCCAAGUCUGCAGCCCUGCUGUCGUCGUGGUGCGAGGAGUUGGGUCGCCUCCUCCUGCUACGUCACCAGAAGAACCGGCAGAACGAACCGCAGGGAAAAGUCCCCAUGCAGCCCAGCAUGAGCAGCAUGAAGCCUGGCCUCACACACAGCGAUGGAUCCUUUCCCUAUGACUCUGUCCCAUGGCAACAAAACACUAACCAGCCCCCUGGGUCAUUAUCUGUGGUUACAACAGUGUGGGGCGUGACCAAUACAUCACAGAGUCAGGUGCUGGGUAACCCAAUGGCAAACAGCAAUAACCCCAUGAAUCCUGCAGGGAACCCUAUGGGAUCGGGAAUGUCUACCAGUGCAGCAGGGCUCAACUCACCUCAGUUCAGUGCUCAGCAGCAACAGUUCCCAAACAAGGGAGGCUCCAACCAACCAUACAUGCAGCAGGGUAUGUAUGGCAGGCCUGGCUACCCUGGAGGUCCUGGGGGAUACAGUGGGAGUUAUUCUGGAGGCCCAAACGCCCCUCCAGGAGGUAUGGGAAUGACCUCCCACACACGUCCUCCUGGUGACUUCACUCAGCCGGCCGCCGCCGCUGCUGCUGCAGCUGUGGAAAACGCACCACCCGCAGCACCAGCCACGGUGGCAGCUCUACAGGAAACGCAGAAUAAAGAUAUCAACCAGUAUGGACAGAUGUGUUCAUCGUUUCAAAUGGGCCCCGCUCAAGCCUACAACAGCCAGUUCAUAAACCAGCCGGGCCCACGAGGCCCGCCUGGAUCUAUGAAUCCAGCCAGCAUGGGUGGUUCUAUGAAUCCAGCCAGCAUGGGAUCAGCCAUGAACAACCCUAAUAUGAGUGGGCCUCCCAUGGGGAUUAAUCAGGCUCGAACCCCAGGCAUGGGGCAUUUUGGCGCUCACGGCCAAAGGAUGCCUCAGCAAGGAUACCCUGGAGGACCUCGACAAGGCAUGCCCAUGCAGGGGAUGAAGAGGCCAUAUCCCGGGGAGGCGAGUUAUGGGGGUCAGCAGUAUGGGCUGAAUAGUCAGUUCCCAACACAGCAGGGGCAGUACCCGACAACAAACGCCUCCAGGCCCCUGCCCUCUCCUAACUACCCUGGCCAGAGGAUGCCAGGGCAGCAGGGCCAAGGACAGUACCCACCUGGCAUGCCCAUGGGCCAAUAUUAUAAGCAAGAGCCAUUCAAUGGUCAGAGCACCAACUUCUCUGGAGGUGGAUACUCCUACGGCCAAGGCAACGGGCCCCCCAGGCCUGGUAACUACCCACACUCCCCAGUCCCUGGAAACCCCACACCCCCUAUGACCCCAGGAAGUAGUAUUCCUCCGUACCUGUCGCCAAGCCAGGAUGUGAAGCCCCCUUUUCCACCCGACAUGAAACCAAAUAUGACAGCGCUUCCACCUCCUCCAAGUAAUCCUAAUGAGGAGCUGCGGCUGACGUUCCCAGUCAGGGAUGGAGUGGUGCUGGAGCCGUUCCGCUUGGAGCACAACCUGGCUGUCAGUAACCACGUUUUCCACCUUCGACCCUCCGUCCACCAGACCCUCAUGUGGAGGUCAGACCUUGAGCUGCAGUUUAAGUGCUACCACCAUGAAGACAGGCAGAUGAACACUAACUGGCCUGCCUCCGUCCAGGUCAGCGUCAACGCCACGCCCCUCACCAUCGAAAGGGGAGAUAACAAAACCUCCCACAAGCCCCUUCACCUGAAGCAUGUAUGCCAGCCUGGGAGAAACACCAUCCAAAUUACAGUCACUGCCUGCUGUUGUUCCCACCUGUUUGUACUACAGCUGGUCCACAGGCCAUCUGUGCGAUCUGUCCUCCAGGGGCUCCUCAAGAAGAGGCUCCUUCCUGCAGAACACUGCAUCACCAAGAUUAAGAGGAACUUCAGUAGUGUGGCAGCAUCGGCAGGCAGCACCGCUCUUAACGGAGAAGAUGGUGUGGAGCAGACGGCCAUUAAAGUGUCACUGAAAUGUCCGAUUACUUUCCGACGCAUCCAGCUACCAGCACGAGGGCAUGACUGCAAACACGUCCAGUGCUUUGAUCUGGAGUCCUACUUGCAGCUCAACUGUGAGAGGGGGACAUGGAGGUGUCCUGUGUGCAAUAAAACAGCAUUAUUAGAAGGUCUGGAGGUGGACCAGUACAUGUGGGGAAUCCUCAAUGCCAUCCAAAAUUCAGAGUUUGAGGAGGUCACUAUAGACCCUACAUGUAGCUGGCGACCUGUCCCCAUUAAGUCUGAAAUGCACAUCAAAGAGGACCCUGAUGGACCUCUGGCUAAGCGCUUUAAGACCAUGAGCCCCAGCCAGAUGACCAUGCCCAAUGUGAUGGAGAUGAUUGCCCAGUUAGGGCCUGGCCCAGGGCCUGGGCCCGUCUCCGGACCAGGUCUGAGCCCCUACCCCCCACACCCUGGUCAGCAUGUUAGUGGUAACGGGGGAGAUUACCCAGGAACAGGCAACAGUUACCACAGCCAAGGGAACUUUGACUUCCCUCAUGGGAACCCCUCUGGUGGUGGACUUGGAGGAGGAGGAGGUCCCCCAAUGAAUGACUUCAUGCAUGGCCCCCAGCUCUCUCACCCCCCAGAUGGACCUGGUGGUCUCCUCUCCCAGGACAAGCCCCUUAAUCACGGAAUGAAUGAUGCAAUGUCCCAUCCCGAUCAGUCUCAUAACUCCAUGCAGCCGAGCUUGCAUGCGUCUCCUCACCCUGGCAGCCAAACAGGGCCGCCCUUACAUCACAGUGGCCAGUCAGGGCCGCCCUGCAUCACAGAGCCGCCUCGCCAGUCGCAGCCUCAGCAGCCUGGGCAGAACGCUCACCCCCACAACGAUCUGAACUUUAAUCCCUCCUCAGAUGGCCAGAUGGGUCAGGGAACCCAGGAUAUGCCUGAACCCUCCCUGGAUCUGCUUCCAGAGCUGGCCAACCCAGAUGAGCUACUAUCAUACCUGGACCCUCCUGACCUUCCCGCCAACAGCAACGAUGACCUUCUCUCCCUCUUCGAGAACAACUAGCCCCCCACCUUGCCUGAAAACCUUCCUGUACCUACAAGAGUGUGUGUGACUGUCCAUCCACAGACACUUCACAGACUUCCUGUCCACACUUUAAAAAUCGCUUCCUGUGCUCGUGCACUCACGCUCAUGUACACAGUCUCUCAACAGAUAAUAUGUGGCAUAGGAGCACAGCUG